AUGGGAAAUAGCAUUGAAAAGGAAGGUUUCAACCUAGAAUAGGAAUUUAGAGAAGCAGGUCUAGGUGAAAUAGAUCCAUAUGUCUUUGAAAAUUAAUUUGAAAAAGAAGUUUAUAUGUCUAUUAACCUAAUCAGAAGUAAUCCAAAGAGGUUCAUUAAGCAUUUCGAGCAUGUAAAAGAUUUCAAGGAAUACAAAGGUAAAAAGGGAAAGCAGUUGAUAAAGUAAUUGGCUACUAUGGAAUCUUUACCCCCUCUAGCAAUAGAUCAAAACGCUAUUGAGGCUUGCAGACAAAGUAAUGUUGAAAUAACUUCAUCUAAGAGGGAGAUCAAAGGUGGAAACAUUGAGAAAAUGAGAACCAUUGUAUUAGCUAACUUCAAGUCAUACGAGGGCUAGGACUUCACAGUAACCUCAUGGAGGGGAUCACCUCAUGAGCUAGUAAUCUACAAUAUGUUAUAAGAUUUUGAGAUUAAUGGAAAAAGCACCAUUUUAGAUUUUAAAACCUUUAAGGUAGGACUAUCUUUUUAUGGGCAUAGAGAAAAGGAAAAUGUUUGUCAGAUUCUUUACGUUUUCUAAUUAAGCAACCAAAUCUUCUGA